AACCGGCUUCUUACGUCACGUUCUGGCGGGAAUCGAGUCUUUUGUUAGCAGCUAGGUUAGCUCUGCUCGGCUUAGUUUAUGUUGUUACCAACAACUUACGACUAAUUUCAGCCAGAAAGUUAAAAUCCAGAAACUUAAAGAGAGAGAGGAAAUUCCGUUUUAUUUUCAGAGUUAACACAAACCGAAUUAUAUCAGGUUGUUGGUGUUUUUUGAAACGGUAGCUAGCUCCGUUAGCAGCGCAAGCUAAGCUAACGUCUGCUGGAUACCGGUUAGCCGCCAUUAGCAGCUGUUUGUGUUACUUAACCAGGUGAGAGGUUUCAAAUUAACCAGGUAACUAAAUCCAUGCCAACAAACCAGACAGGAAGAAUGGCAACAGGUAGAAAACAGAUGAAGAAAAAAUACCCAGAGGAAAAACCAGAUAAAAACGUUUUUGAUUUUCCUGAAGAUGAGAAGAAAGAGCUGAGUGGUUCAGAGGACGAUGUUAGAGAAGAUGAAACUCCGAUGGUGGAUAAAGUGGCAAAGAAGAGACCUGCAGCUGAUUUUGAGGUGGAGGAGACAACCUGCGCUGUCGGGAACGAGGUACAGACCAUGCUGAAGAAAUUUGGAGCUGACAUCAACAAGGUGAUGCAGGCGAAGAAGAAACGUCUGGAGUCUCUGACAAAGAACUACAUGACAGGAAGUCAGAGCAGACUGGAGCAGCUGUGGAACAACUACCACAGCCAGAGGCAGAAGAUGACUCAGCAGUACUCUCAGCAGGUGUCCACAGCGCUGCAGCAGUGGGAGACUGAAGCUCAGAGAGCCGAGGAGCAGGAGGAGAAACUCACUAGUCUGUUCAGACAGCAGCAGAAGAUCCUGCAGCAGGCCAGAGUCGUACAGAACCAGAAGCUGAAGACGGUCAGAGAGCUGUACGAGCAGUUUGUCAAGAACAUGGAGGAGAUGGAGAAGAGUCAUGAGGCGUUCGUCCAGGGAGCGCAGCAGGAGCUGAGGAAGGAGAUGUCCGUCCUGCAGAAGAAGAUCCUCAUGGACACGCAACAGCGGGAGAUGGCCACCGUCCGCAAGUCUCUGCAGUCCAUGCUGUUCUAACCUGCUGUUACCACGGCGACGGAGCGCGUUACUCCUGCAUUAAGGAUGAUGUAUUGUGGAUUGAUGUUACCGUGGUGAUUACAGCUGUAAUCCCGCAGGGUCGUCAUGGUUACGUACAUCCUGUCUGAUUAGUUUGUGUUCACGCUGCGACUUUUAGUUUCUAAUGAGAAGAUGAAGUGUUUGUUUUUCCUGUUACAGCUGAGCUGUUGUUGUUGUUGUUGAACUGCUUACUGUCUCCUGUAGGGGGCGCUGUGUUACAACAGUUACAUUAGAAACAAAGACGUCUUCAGAUUUCUGUUCAAACUUCAGAAUCAUCUUCAGCUUCUGUGACUCAGAAAAGAAUAAAUAAGGUUGUUUUUGUAAAA